AUGACGCGAGGUGGCGGCGGUGGGUUUGGCAGAGGAGGUGGCGGUGGACGCGGCUUCGGUGGCCCACGAGGCGGAAGAGGUGGCGGUGGACGCGGUGGACGGGAGGCGGAACCCGAUCCACCGGAAAGCCUGGAACUCAUUGGCACCUUCAUGAAUGCUGCGGAGGGGUAUUUGGUGUAUAAAGUCACGAUUCCCGAAGUGGUGCCUCGUUUUAAUGCUUUUGUUUACACAGAAAAUAGGGCUAAAAUUGGCAAGAUUGACGAGGUGAUGGGGAAUACGACGGAUGUUAUGUUUUCUGUGAUGCCCAUGCCUGGUGUACAGGCGGGGUCCAUUAGUGAAGGGGAUAACAUCUUUGUUUCCCCGACACAGUUGACGCCAGUGCGCGUGUUUACUGACCCACCAAAGCCGCGGGGACGCGGAGGCCGUGGAGGCGGCGGUCGUGGCGGCCGAUCCGCAAAUGGUGGAGGCAGCAGUCGUGGCAACUUUGGAGGAGGUGGUCGUGGCAACUUUGGUGGAGGCAGCAGUCGUGGCAACUUUGGCGGAGGUGGUCGUGGCAACUUUGGUGGAGGCAGCAGUCGUGGCAGCUUUGGCGGAGGUGGUCGUGGCAACUUUGGCGGAGGUGGUCGUGGCAACUUUGGCGGAGGUGGUCGCGGUAACUAUGGAGGAGGUGGUCGCGGUAACUAUGGAGGAGGCGGUCGCGGCAAUGGCCGUGGUUACUAA